CAGUCUGGAACGCAACCAUGGUUCUUUUAAAAAGUGCACAGAAAGCGAUGAGAAAACUCUUUUAUAGCCAGAAUUAGCUGUUCAACUUGAUAUUUAUUGAAAGAGUCACUUACAAGCUAGCACAACUGGAAUGAGAGCUGGUCCCGCCCUGAAGACUGUGAAACUUCUUGGAAGGACGAAUCAACUACGGCAAAGAUGAAAAUUUCCUCAUUCGGCUGCAGCUCCAGAACCAGCUCCGCUCAGAUGAGUUUGAUCAUUUUCCCCAUUAUUUGUCAUAUCCGGAAGCUGGAAUCAGCCCAGUUCGCAGUGGUGGUCCCUGAUCAUUCGGUCACUGCUAUCGUGGGUGAGGAAUUUGUAUUACCCUGUCACCUGUCCCCCAGGAUGAACGCUCAAAACAUGGAGGUGAAAUGGUUACGACCUCAUCUCUCGUCAGUUGUGCAUCUGUACCGCGAUGGCAAGGAUCGGAAUGAGUCUCAGACCCUAGAAUAUCAGGGAAGGACAGAGUUUUUGAAAGACGGCCUCUCCACUGGGAGUGUCGACUUGAAAAUACACAAUAUCAGACCCUCUGAUGAAGGAUUGUACAGAUGCUUCAUUCGAUCAAGUACCUUUUAUGGAGGAGCCCUGCUGGAACUGAAGGUAGCAGGUUUGGGCUCUGAUCCCCACCUCUCUGUUGAGGGUUACCAGGAUGGAGGGAUCCAAGUGGUGUGCCGAUCGGCUGGGUGGUACCCAGAGCCCGAAGUGCUGUGGCGAGAUCUGGGCGGGCGACGUUUGCCUUCAGUCUCUGAAACAACAUCCCGAAGGGAUAACGGCCUGUUUGAAACGCAAACUGCUUUCCUUAUCACAGAACGUUCAAACCAGAACUUGUCGUGUUGUAUCCGGAACACCUUCCUCAACCAAGAGAAAGAAUCGACAAUUUACGUAGCAGAUUCUUUUUUCCCCAAAGUCUCCAUGUGGAUGGUGUUUCUGUGCAUGAGCCUGGUGGUUUUGUGUGUUUCCAUUGGCCUGAGCCUCUAUCUCUGUAAAGUAAAAGAGAAACUUGUAGCAGAACUUAGGUGGAGACGAGUCCUCACACACCCAGUGAAUGUGACUCUGGAUCCGGACACGGCUCAUCCCCGACUCAUCGUUUCUGAGGAUCGGAAAAGUGUGAGGCAGGGAGACAUUCAGCAGGAUCUGCCUGACAACCCUGAGAGAUUUGAUUAUGAGUGCUGUGUGCUGGGCUGUGAGGGAUUCACCUCGGGUAGCCAUUACUGGGAGGAGGACUGUAGCCCAGAGACUGACAGUUGGGAACCCAGGGAAGGGGGAAAUGGAAGUGAAAAGGAAAGAGGAAAAGGAGGGUGACAGUGAAACUGGUAAAUCCUAUUGAAAGUGAUUGUGUCAUUCAUUACACAGUUCAUCCGCUCGCUGCUUUAGUUCAUGAAAAGGGGGACCUUAAAAAUGCUUUGCACAAAUUUUGGCCACUUUUUCUUUUCUCAUUAUUAAAUAAUCCCUUCCGUGUUACAUGACGGCCUCAUAUUUACGGUAAACAAUUUUCGAUAAAUAGAGCGUCCCUGUCUGCUUGGUGUUUCUCUCAUUUUCAUGAGUUGUUUUUUUUCUUCUUGUGAAUUUUAUUUUGGUGGGAACAGGUAGCAUCAAGGGAUUUGAGCCCUCACUGAUCAAAAUGCCUCUAGGAAAAGCCUGCAUGUGAAUCGGAUGGGUCUGUCGGCAUUACAAAGUGAUGCGUUGCUUCUGCACUCUGGGACUUAGGAUUUCUCCGGAAAAAAAGAUUUGCUCAGGUUGUGGUCACGUCAGUGUGCGCUUGUGACCCUAAAACACCCCUGUAUUCACACCCUGUUGUAAUGAUGUUUGUCCAAAAGUUCCUUGUAAGAUAUCAUUUGAAAACUGAUAGCACACUGGUCAUCAAUAUCAUUGUAAAAUGCCUGUGUUAACCUUAUAUAUGAAGUUAUGAAUUCCAUCUGUACCAUGUUACGGUUAAGACCGAUGUUUAAGACCAGACAGCCUAACCUAGGUAAGAGUGACAAACAGGUCUGUCCUAUACAAAAGAAUGUGGAUUUACCUACAUUUACAUAUUAGCCAUAAACAAAGCUACCACACGAAGGGCUUGUCUACCCUACAGGGUAUGGCGGUAUAAGGUGUGGCACUCUGGGGUGUGAAUAAGCCACCGCCUUGAGUGACAUAUGUUACACCAACUUAAGCGCCAGUGUGGACAGUGCUAGGUCGGCAGGAGCGCUUCUUCCACUGACAUAGCUACCACCUCUCGCGGAGGUGGUUUUAUUAUGCUGAUGGGAGAGCUCUCUCCUGUUGGCAUAGUGUGUGUCCACCAGAUACGCUACAGCUGUAGCGUUUCUCAGGUAGACGAGCCCUAAAACAACAGCCCAAACUGGAGAGACUCAGAAUUAAUGUGGCUCCUGCACCCCAGAGAGACACACAUGAGACUGAAUCCCCAGAAGGUCUUCCUGACUUUGGGAACAUAGCCAGUUCCUUGGGAAUAAAAGGGCCAUCUUGAUCUUUCACCUAACAAGACAAGGGAAACCAGCACCUCAUACUUCGGUGAAAGGUCCCGACUGAGAGACGCUCAGCCGUCAUGGACAACGAAUAAUUGGAGGGAGAAGCCAUCUUAAACAAAAAGUGUAACUGGCGAGAUUAAGUUUUAGCCUUUUAGAUGCGUGUUUUCACUUUUAUUUGCUAGGAGCCAUCUCUACCUCUGUUCUUUUAUUU